UGUCCCCGGCUCACUUCUUCCUCUGAACUGUAAAACUGAAGACGGGAUCUUGGUCCUGGCAGAAGGGACGCUAUGAUCGUAGAAUUUCUGUCCCUGUUUUGCCUCGGACUUUGUCUGGGCCAUGAAGAUGAGAAAAAGAAUGAGAAGCUUCCUAAACCCUCCCUCAUCGCCUUGCCCAGCUCAAUGGUUGAACGCAGUAGUAACGUGACCCUGAAGUGCCAGUCUCGCAUCCAGAAUGUGACAUUCAUAUUGGAGAAGUUGCAGGAUUCUGGGUACAAGCGGGAGCAGAGAUCAGCAGGACACCAUGUUGAAUUCCUCCUCACUGACCUGAAGCUUAAGGAUGCUGGAACUUACUUUUGUUCCUACAAAACAAUGGCCUCCCAUGAGUGUUCAGAGAAGAGUGAACACCUGCAGCUGAUGGUCACAGAUUACCACGAUGGACGUGUAGCUCCUUCAAUAAAAACAGACACCAGCAUCAUCAUUCUCACCACCUUCAGCCUUCUCUCCAUCUUUCUCCUCUUCAUCUCAGUCCUCUUCAUCUACAGAUGCACUAGGCAUGGUUCAUCACAUGAAGAACCUACCAAGAGGUAAACAUACCUAACAUAUCUCGUGUCCCCCUUAACUUGC